AUGUUUCAUGUUUACUGCUUCAUGCUGAUUGUAUCACUCAUUAUUUGUGGAAGCAGUUGCUCCAUAAUUAAACCUCCGCGUUCUUGUUUAAGUGACGAUUUACAAUUACACAAAAUUAGAUUUUGUGGCCCGUGCUUAUAUACGGUCACCUAUUACAAACGGAAAUAUUUGUCUAGAAGAAUUCCGUAUGCUUCAAAUGGUAGUUUUAAUCCUUACAUAAUAACAAACAAGGAAGCACAUUUGGUCAAUGGAAAUCCAGCAUUGUCAAAGGAUUCAAACUCCCGUAAAUCUUCCCAAACCAAACCACAUUUACAAGAACGUUUUGGUAAAGAAAUAUCGCAGUCAUUGCCUCGUUCAUUCCUCCCCGUUGAGCAAAUGCAUUUCAGGAAUUACUGCCUUGAUUUUCCAGGAAAAUUCUCAUGUGCAAUUGAUUGUUUUAUGGAGUUAAGCUGUUACAUUUUUAAAGAUGCUAUUGAGUCUGUGGAACGUAAUGAAUUUUUUGAAAUGUUAUACACAGCAUGUGUGCAAGUAAAUAGUGGUGAAAUCCUUUCCAACCAGUUACGUUCAGUCCGAGAACCCAUUUGGGCCUGGAUGAGACAGAACUGUGCCUCUUUUACAGGUAUGUCAGAUAAUGCUGUAUUCAGAGACAUAUUCCAAAUCAAUACAUUUGGAGAAUUAACGUUUGGUUUAAAAUCAUUAUUUCUUAUUCAACAUACCAAUUAUUCCAUUCGUUCAUUGUGUAACCAGGAAAUCACCAAAUCCACAGAUGUUUUUGUCUUGUAUAUUACCUCCCGCCAUAUAAAUCAGAAUGGUUUUGAAAGUUCUGUAUCAGAAGCUAUGCUGCCAAACAUCAAUAGACUUUUUUGUGUUUACUGCCAAAAUCAUUCUGGAAGUGUUGCUUCACUUCGACACUUUGUGUGCGUGCCAACCUUCUUAAUGAUAGAAUUGUCACCUGAUUGUAUAACUCAAAUGUUUUUUCCACAUGAUAUGGAAACCUUAAGAGUUUCAUACUGCCUCAAAGGAAUUGUUAGGUGUUUAAAUAGACAUUUUACUGUUGUGCGAGCGGUUGGAUCUAUAUUGAUGAUUUGUGUGUUUCUGUAAGGCGUUUCUUAUCCUUUCAAGAAGUAUUGUAUAGUUAUCCGGAUGGCUGGUUUUUUUCCAUAUUUCAAAAGUCUGAGUCUGUAGACAUCAAUUUACAUGAAUCUGCAAAUCAGACCUGUAAUAGCUUAACCAUAAAUCCAGUUGUUUGCAAAUCAGUGUCAAAAGACUCUUGCAGUACGAAAGAAGUGAAGUUAGACCAAAAAGUCACAAGUUAUAAAAAGGAUAACAGAGUCAAAUGUAAUAACUAUAUGAAGUGUUACAGAAAACAGCCAGAAGUCAAGGCAAAAAAUAAUGCAUACAUGCAGAAGUAUAGAGCUAAAACUUAUUCUGAACUUGACCUAAGAGAAAGGGGCAAAUUAGAAAUACGUAAAAGAAAUGAAAACCAAAGAAAUGAUUUAGUAAUUAAAUUUACAAUGAAGCGGAAAAGUCAAUAUUAUGCAGAUGAAACAUUAAACGACCUAAACAGGAAAUAAGAAAAAGGUCUUCACAAACAUCUAGUGAAGUGAAGGAAAGAAAAAAGUUGUACAUGCGGGCAUACAGGCUCAAGAAAAAAAAUUCAGAUAGUAGUGUAAUGACUGAAGGAGUAACAAGUCUGAAAAAUGGAGUUUCUAGCCAGGAAAUGUAUUUAUCUGAGUUUAAAAUAAGUAACUGUGAAGAGCUUCACCAACAAGAGUGGGCAAAACUGAACAUGCAAAAGUUUCAUGAUUCGAUGAAGUUAAGAAUUUCUUUAUGUCAAUGCUGUCAUGAAGCAUGGCCACUUCACAUUAAAACAAAAAAGAAAAAGGAACAUAUAUUUGUACCAGGUGCUUAAGAGACAAGAAUGAUACAAAAAAAUUUUCGUUUGAAAACAGCUUUCUACCAUCUGCUGUGCCAGUAGAACUUAAAAAACCGACACAAAUAGAAGAAAUGCUCAUAGCCAGAGUGUUCCCCGUUAUGAGUGUUUAUACUAAGCCAGGAGGGCAGAGAGCAUAUAGAGGCCAUUGCAUCAAUUUUCCCCAAGAAGUUCAACAGCUUUUUUAUACUUUGCCUAGGCAACCAAAAGAAUUACCAGUUAUUAUAGUUACAGUUGAUGGUAAAAAUGAUAUGUCAAAAGAUCUAAUUGUGCGUCGAGAAAAAGUAUCAUAUGCCUUACACUGGCUGGUGAGUCACAAUCCUGUUUACAGAGACGUACAGAUUGAUUAUGAAUGUUUAGCUCAACUUCCCUUAGAAGGCAUUCCAGCCGAUCUCUCAAAAGUAAGGUGCGAAAAAGGAAGCGGAAGCGAAGAAUUAGAUCCAGACAGAGGUCCACUUGAUAUUGAUGACUUGCCAAACAACGAAGACACAGCUGAGUAGUAUGUUGUUAAAUCCUGUGAAAUCCAAGCAACAGAAAGAAAUCAUAAAAGAUGAAAUAUUGCAGCACAAUAAGAUUAGAUGGCCUGAAAGGGGCCAAAUACCUGUUAGUGAAUUUAAAGUUGAAUUCUUAGCAACAAUGGCUUUCCCAACCCUCUUUCCUGAUAGCAAAGGAGAUCCCACUAACUCGGGAACAAAACGUGAUGUUACUUUUGGUGAAAAAAUUAAAGAACCUUAUAAAAUUUGGUGAAAAGAAAGAUGAGAAAUGGCAUUAUAGGUUUGCGCACACCCUAGAUUUGCUUAUUGGGCAUUCAACAUGCUUCAGAGACAUACAAUGCUUAGCCAAGGAAGUAUAUUUCUCAAGCAAAAUCCAGGAGAAUCUCACAUGUCUGUAGAAGAACUGAAGGAAAUGCUUCAUUCAAAGAGUUAUUCAGGAGUUAUGUCUAAGUUGAUGCAUUAUGCAAAAAAUGUCAGCAGGGGAAUGACACGAGUGCUGUCAUCUGCUUGUGGCAAUAUCAUUCAUUGUAACUUAUUCUUUUUUUUAAAAAAAAUCGUUUUGCUAAACAAGUAGUCCUCAGUCGCAAUGCGGAUUAUAGAAAUUUUUAUGUUAUCUUGUAUGAUCUUUUUGAAACUUUCUUUGAGUAUGAAAACAAGAAUCUUUGCAAACUAUGAGGAAAAAAAUAAAGUCACAUGGAAAGUGACCCUCAAGUGUAUGGCUCUAAGCGCUCACUAGCUUUAUCACAAUUCACCCAUGGGCAAAUAGUAAAUGCCGGGUAAUUGACCAGUGAGUACUUGCUUUACUUUUGUUGCAUCAUAUUCAUUUAUUAGAACCAAGGCAGAAAAAAAUUAAAUCUACUUCCUUAGUGGGCAGGUGAAUUUCAGUUUGACUUGUCCCCACUUAAAUAUUUCUUGCCUGGGAACACAAUGCCUCAUGAUGUAUAGUUCUAAAGUACUGUCUUUUUUCAUUAAGUUAUAGAUUAUUAUUAUAAGCUGGCUACAUACAGCUGUAUGUGCCAUGUAUCCUUAAUAUAGUCAAACUCCACUCUAUGGACACCCACUGUCUUGAUACAGUCACCUCAUUAUUAUGAACAGUUUGCUUUGUCGUCAAGGAAAGAAAGCCUUUUCUUUUUAUCUAAAUUCAACGUGCUUAAUAUGGACCUGUUGAUACAGACACUUUCUUUGACCCCCUCAGUGUCCAUAUUAACAGGGUUUGACUGUAGCAACCUGGACGUUAGGUCUCAAGGUUUUUGCAUUUUGGUCAACUAAGCACGUUCACAGGAAGCCUCUAGAACACCGUUGAAAGGUGAUUUUAUUUACUAGUUGAUUUACUCUAUACCUCUUUGUUAUUCCAUUGAUGUUGUCAUUUUAAUUAAUAUCAUUAUUUUCAGGUUUCCACUUGUAUAAAAAUACUAUAACUUUCUGAGGUGAUUCUCACUGUGAUGCUUAUUUUAUUUGUAACUGAAAGAUGGGCUUAUUUGUAAACUGAGUUGCUAACACGUUAUUGUUACUUUAAAAAAUUACAGUUCAUGAUGUCAGCAAGAAAGCAGUCUAGGGGUAAGUUGUAAAAUUUUAUUCAAGUUGAUGUUCCCUAUGAAAGAGCUUAUAUGUUUGAUAUGAUGGGAAAGUGGGAGCAAAGAUGGAAAACCUUUUUUAGUUCAAGACACUUGAAAAAUGUUCAAGCAAACUAUGCUAAGAUAGCAUAGCAUGUGUUAUUGUGUUAACUAUAAUGAUGAUAAUAGGAUUAUUGUUGCUGUCACUGUAAGCGCAUUGAUGAUCAUGCAUCCUGAAUUUGUUUGCUCUUCUUUUGUUUAGUAAACAAGUAUGGGUACAUCCAAAAAAUAUCCCCCGUGAAAACCGCUGCAAGAUCCAGACAUGAUUGGUUUGACUUUCACCUGCAAGUUUCACCGACUAAAGUGCAAAGAGUAGUUGGAUUUGACAAAACAAAACAUCCCAAGAUCAAGCACUUCCAAGAAACCAAGUCUCCCGUCUUGUUAAAGAACCUUCUUAUACCAGAAGAUGAAGACAACGACUGA